GCUGAGCCGGUCCAAGUGCUGCCCGGGCUGCGCUACCUGGCCGAGCGGAGCGUCCGCCGCCGAGACCCCAUCCAAGGGCAGCUAUCUGAACCCCUCACCCAGCAAAAGGACCAGGCAAAGACCAAUCAAUACACCUAGGCCAUAAUGUCGGGCGCCUACAGAAGUAGAAGGGGCGCCUUCAAGAUAGGCACGAUUAAUGACGAUACCGAAAGUAGCGAAGAUGAGGAAACAAUCGAUUCCCGGCCGCCGACGCCGCGCGCACGCUAUAGCGUGGCCAAACGGAAUGCGGAGCAGCUAACUCUACAACUACUGACGCAUCUGGAGAGACACAAGAUCGAUGCUAUGAGGAGAAAGUUCGAAAAGAACAGCUUGAAGGUGGACAUGCUGGAUUUUGUCCGUAUUAUGCGAAGUGCCCUACCGAACUACAUCGUAAGAAAACCAGGAGAAAAGAAGAAGAAGAAGUCAGCUGCGGAACUAGCCGGUCUGCGAAUUUUGGAUGAUGAAGAGGACCUCCUGAGGAACUUGUUGGAGUUGUACCGAGAGAUAGAUGUGAACGGCGACGGCGACAUCGAGUGGGAGGAGUUCAUCCGGUUCAUCGUUGACAAAGCGCAAGUCUUCAAGGAGAUGGAUAAACUGGAUAAAAUACCCCAUUACGAGCACAUCGAGCUACCGGCGGAUCGAGAUGUGCGUUUGAAAAAGAUAAAGGAGGGUACGUUGACCGGAGCGCCGCCACCGCCGAAGCACCGGAACAUGAUCGAGACCAUCGUACGCAUCCCGGAGCAAGGGCUGAUGGCCGUCGCGGAACAACAUAGUCCCAUCGUGCAGUUCUACGACGUCACGACGGGCGCGAAGAAAGAGGCAUGGAAGUUUCGGGCGGCGGCCGUACCCCUCGCGAUGACGUACAUUCCGGAGGAGCAGUCCUUGAUCAUGACCUGCUCCGACCAGUCCAUGGCGCAGUGGCAGCUCGGGCAAGGGUCUGGUGGUUUCAAGUUCCGCGAGAAGGCGCGCUGGGCGACGCCGGACCCGAUCAUGAGUUUAGCGUGGUCCGACGGGCAACGAUUGGCCUUCGGCGGGUGUUCCAAUGGCGAUAUUGAAGCGUGGGACAUCUCGAGGCAAGAACGGGCCAUGUCGUUGUCUGGACAUCGGGACAUCGUGUUGGAUGUCUUACAUGUCCCUUACUUAGAUACAAUUGUAUCUGGUUCUUUAGACCGAACGGUGCGCGUCUGGGACCCCUUCACGGAGCAGAUGACGGCGAAUUUACAAGGCGGGCACACGAAGGGUGUGAACUCACUCACGUACAACGGCGAGCACCGGUUCUUGAUUAGUACAGGUUUCGACCACGACGCCUUUGUAUGGUCUCCAUUUGCUACUUGUCUCUUGUACCGCUUACAAGGCCACAAAGCCGCGCUCAUGAACUGCCACGCCGUCGAGGGCACUCAUGAAUUGAUCACGGCGGACACGACGGGCGUGUUGAAGUUGUGGGACCUGCGAACCUUCGGCUGCGUCCAGACCUUCCAGACGGAACAUACCAAAGGCGAUCUCAAUGACAUGACCGGCUUCCAGGCUCUGACCCAUGUGAAGCUGAAGGCUAAAGAUCCUACCCAGGACAAGCCCGACUAUAGAGUUAUAUGUGCGACGAAAAAUAUAUUUUUCUUUGAUCAGUAUCGGACACGAGUGGACCCCGUGACCGACGACCUGCCACCUAGGAUCAUGCUCCUGAACGAUCUUAAUCUCACACUAUUUAUCUCAUCGUUAUGUACGGUGAAGAUCUGGGAUUUGAUAUUGGGCACGCGGAAGAACACCUUUCACAACAUUACGGACUCUGACAUUACGGCGGCCUGUCUCGAUGACCGCCGACGGAAGUUUUUUGUAGGAACCGCAGAAGGCCGCAUGAGCUGCCACAACUACGCGAACGGUGCCUUGAUGAAGAAAUUCAGUAAGAUCAACGGUAGGGUCAUUGCCAUGAGGUAUGACCAUGGGCGGAAGGCUGUCAUAUGUGCAUCGUUACAAGGAAGAAUCAUUAUCUACGACGAAAAAGAUAUCGAGCACUGCUAUCCACUGAGAACCUUUGAUGAACCAUAUCAACAUAGACAAGAAUUAAGUCAUGUGGUGUUACACGAGGGCGGCGGGCUGUGCGCCACGACCGCGGCCGAAAGUGUGGAAGGUAUUCGGUUCUGGGCCUCGGACCAGGCGUCGAUCGAUUCGCAGCUGUGUACGCGGGGCCAGGUCAUCCUGAAUAUGGGUUUCCUGGAGCCCUAUCCCUUGCUCUGGGUAGCUACGUCCGAUGGAAGAGUGAGAAUCUGGGGCUGCCCGACGCGGAACGAGAAGACGGGCAAAUUGGACACGACGAAAGUGAAUGGCUGCUGUUUAUUAUCAUUUGCGAACCGACCACCGGACGGAAGUUGUUACGAGUUCCUGCCGGAGGAGCACGAUGGUGUUAAGUCGCCGCACCAGCCGCGGCCGACCUUGUACCCGUCGUGGCGAGAGAGGCGAGACGAUUGUACCUAUGGAGAACCGACGGAAUACACAGGCUUACCGGAAGGCGUCCAGGAGCACAACGUGCCCGUCGCCGUGGCGCAGUUCGACGCGUUUUCGGGCCACUUGUACCUUGGAGAUGAACUAGGUAAUGUGAGGUGCUUCGACCUCUCACUAGUUAUAAGGUUAUUACAGGACGGCAUCCCGGACGCGAAAUACGGUGUCAAGACGUCGAAGCAGGCACCUUUGUACAAAGAAGCACAUACAGACCUAGGAGAGAACUGGAACCGCGAGUCCACGUCGGGGUUCUACGAGCCGGUGUUUGCGGCGGAUAAAAUAGAAGAGCCCUGGAGUCAGGUGGAGGAGAUCCUGGGGGAGGACUGGCGCUCGGAAUUCCCGGAGGAGACUUCGAACGAAGAGGCCAUCUGCGCACCUUCAGCGCUGCAGAACUAUCACGUGCUCGCGCCGGAGAACAUCCGGGCCUACGAAGUGAAGUAUCGACGAGCCUCGGCGGACGACUCUCCUAGAAAUUGGCAAUUGGAAGAUAUACUGCGGAGCGAGCGACGUUCAGUUGGAGGUACUGAUUUCCUGCAAGGGCCCGCCGGCGCGGCGCCUCUACUCCCAUCGGAACUAGCGCGGUUCUGCUGGUCCGUGGAGUACGCCCAUGAAGAUGCGGUUUUGGCGUUAGUUUGCGCCCGGGACCCGGCCUGUGUUUUGACUUCUGGAUUGGACAGAUGCGUGAGGAUGUGGUCGCAUAGUGGUUCAUUUAAAGGCGUCCUCCUACAGGGCUACACGCCAGGUAUGCGGUCGCCCUUCUGGAGUUUGGAGGUGGAUGUGGCCGCGAGAGAAGCGCGCGACGACGCCGAGGCCAAGCGCGUCGCGGCGGACCUGAUGGGCGACAGCGACUCGUCGCAAACGCCGAUCGUGGUAUCGAAAAUCGAGGAGGCGCGGGCGUUGGAUGAACAAAUACAGGAGCCGGAGCUGUCGCCUCGACUCGCGGCCGUGCGCGGGGCUCUCUCCGAAAUCCAGGCCAUGGGCACGGUUGAUGUCGACGACCCUAUAUUAUCACCGCCGGGGUCGCCCGCGUCGUCGAGGAGAGCACUGACGCCGAAGGCGUCGGUCUUCACGAGCGCGUCGACCGGACUCUUCGAGGGGUCGAGCAUGCUCGACUCGAAGCCGAUGACGGCCGCGUCGCACGUCUCCGUUGCGUCGAGACCGAAGUCGUCCUUCGACUCGAUCACGGCGAACCUGAAGAAGCUGCCGCCCGAGGCGCAGUCGGCGCUGGACGAACUGACGCAGGCGCUGCACCUCUAAGAUUUUCGUGUCCUAUGAA